UCGUCUUUCACAAGAGGCGUUGCUCUUCGGCCGCGGCGCUUCUCUGCAAGCAAAAAAGAAAUUUCCGCUUCCUGCAACGAUAAACAAGCAGCGCAAGUUGAGAAACAUUCGCAGCGACUUUGACGGUGAACGGCGGGCUGAAGAGCAGCGGUGUACACCGAGCCUCGGUCCUCGUGGACGGAUGAUCGCGCUGCAGUAGAGGGUCGGCGCUCCGGCAAGCAGCCGUUUUAUUCGGGUUUUCCUUCAUUGUUUUUUUUAAACAUAAGGUUACUCCGGCAUGUCGGAGCGGGGAGGGCUCCCGAGGACUGGAGGCGUACCGUCUCCGCAGCCCUCCAAACCGGUGGCGAUCACCUCCAAUCGGCCGGUGCACAUGAACCUGUACGCCACCUGGGAAGUGGACCGAUCGUCGCCGAGCUGCGUGCCGAGGCUCUUCAACCUGACUCUGAAGAAGCUGGUGAUGCUGAAGGAGCUGGAUAAAGAUCUGACGUCUGUGGUGAUCGCUGUCAAGCUGCAGGGCUCGAAGAGGAUCCUCCGCUCCAACGAGAUCCAGUUGCCGUCGAGCGGCCAGACGGAGACCGACCUGCAGCUCACGUUCUCCCUGCAGUACCCGCACUUCCUCAAGAGAGACGCCAACAAGCUGCAGAUCAUGCUGCAGAGGAGGAAGAGGUACAAGAACCGGACCAUCCUGGGCUACAAGACGCUGGCGCUCGGCCUCAUCAACAUGGCGGAGGUGAUGCAGCACCCCAGCGAAGGCGCUCAGGUCCUGGGUCUGCACAGCCAGCUGAAGGAGGUGUCCGUGCCCGUGGCUGAGAUCCGGGUGUACUCUCUGUCCAGUCAGCCCAUCGAUCACGAGGGACCCAAAGCCAAGAUGAACGAUCGAUCCCCGGACAUUGAUAACUACUCUGAGGAAGAGGAGGAGAGUUACUCGUCUGAGCAGGAGGGCAGCGACGACCCCGUUCAUCAUUAUCUAGAUGAUGAAGAGGACGAGGUGAGGAAGAAGAAGCCCAGACGCAAACUUACUUCAAACGCCUCCAUUACCAGACAACCGAACAUCAAGCAGAAGUUUGUGGCUCUGCUGAAGAGGUUUAAGGUGUCAGAUGAGGUGGGCUUCGGUCUGGAGCACGUGUCUCGUGAGCAGAUCCAGGAGGUGGAGGAGGACCUGGACGAGCUCUACGACAGUCUGGAGAUGUACAACCCCAGCGACAGCGGGCCGGAGAUGGAGGAGACCGACAGCAUCCUCAGCACUCCCAAACCCAAGCUCAGGCCGUUCUUCGAGGGAAUGUCUCAGUCCAGCUCUCAGACGGAGAUCGGCAGCUUGAACAGUAAAGGCAGUCUGAGCAGAGACCCCUUCAGUCCCCAGGGAGAGCAGCCUCCAUCUGAUAAACUCAAACACUCUCGCAGUCGUAACCUGGAUGAGCCUCUGUCUGAGACAGACACACUGGAACUGAAUGAUCAGGAGUUGUUCAGUGAAGUCGGACCCUCUAUAACCGUGUCUGUGGCUGAAAAACCACGAACGCCCCUAAAAACCAGCAAGAACGAGCUUCAGUCCGUGCCAUCGCCCAGGUUGGACGGAGGACACACACCCCGAAAGCGCAGCACUCCCGUGAAAGACCGACAGCUCUCUAAACCUCUGAGCGAACGAACCAACAGCUCCGACAGCGAGAGAUCACCUGAGCUCGGACACAGCACACAGGUCCUCAGGAAGGCCGUCUAUGAUCAGUUGAAUCUGAUUCUGUUAUCUGAUGCUGCUCUUCCUGAAAGUCUCAUCCUGAUCAAUGGCACAGACUGGCAAGGACAGUAUGUCGCGGAGCAGCUUCAGGUUCAGAAGCACCCUGUGGUCUGUACGUGUUCAGGCGCUGAGAUCCAGGCCGUUCUCUCGGCUCUGCUCACACGGAUACAGAAAUUCUGUAACUGUAACUCGUCGAUGCCGCGGCCGGUGAAGGUGGCGGUGGUCGGCGGUCAGAGCUAUCUGGGGUCAGUGCUGCAGUUCUUCGUCACUCAGCUGGCCAACAAGACCUCUGAUUGGCUCAAUCACCUCCGCUUCCUGGUCGUGCCUCUGGGCUCUCAUCCUGUUGCUAAGCACCUGGGUGCCCUUGACAACCGUUACAGUGCAGCCUUUCUAGACGGAGCCUGGAGAGACACAUUCAACCGAUCAGAACCACCGCAGAUGGACGCUGUGGACGUGGCGGCGCGUGUGACUCAGUACAUCAGCGGAGCGGUCCUCACACACCAGCUGCCCAUCGCUGAGGCCAUGCUGACCUGCAAACACAGAACGAGAGACGAGGAUUCCUACCAGAAAUUCAUUCCCUUCAUCGGGGUGGUGAAAGUGGGUUUGAUUGAACCUGGCCAAUCAGCAGCAGGCGACCCUGAAGAGGGCGUGGCUGUGAGUUUAGCCGUCCCCUCCACGUCCCCGCCCUCUCACGGCUCACCGGGCGGGCUGAAGGAGACGGCCACGCCCCCCUCGUCUCCGUCCAUGGGCGGCGGUCUGGCGGUCCAGGGGAGUCCCAGCAUGCCUCACGGCGGGGACGCCAUCGGUCUGCAGGUGGACUACUGGCUGGCGUCUCUGGCAGACAAGCGGCGCGAGGGCGAGAGGAGAGACACCGGCUGUAAGAACACCCUGAAGAGCGCCUUCUGGUCGCUGCAGGUCAGUCGUCUGCCAGGGGGAGGAGCCGGCGAGCCGCAGGCGCCCGUCAACACUAUGGCCAUGACCGUGGUCACCAAAGAGAAGAACAAGAAAGUUCCCACUAUUUUCCUGGGGAAGAAGCCGAAAGAGCGGGAGAUGGACUCUAAGAGUCAGGUGAUCGAGGGCAUCAGCCGGCUCAUCUGCUCCGCCAAACAGCAGCAGACCAUCCUGAAAGUCACCAUCGACGGAUGCGAGUGGAACGACGUGAAGUUCUUCCAGCUGGCCGCUCAGUGGCCGACUCACGUCAAGUAUCUCCCGGUGGGGUUGUUCGGCUACAGCAAGCCUCCCUCCUAGGCUUUCUCAGCCCCGCCCCUUCGACCCACAACCCAUUGCACACCGCCGCCGCCACUUUCACAACGCUGGCCAAUCGCAGUCGAGACGGGACUCUCGGUGGGCGGGGAGGUGGAGUUGAGGACGUUCCAUUCGGCGGCUUCGAUAGACUUUAUCAGCGCUAGUCACUUUUAUUUAUCGAAAGGCCCCAGAGCCACAUACGGGGGCCCAAGCACAAAAUUUGGAUACACCACCUGUCGAAGACUAUUCAGCAGCAUGACAAAUCUCUCAACGACCCUCAACCGUAACCGAUCCCUUCCGUCAUUGACCUCCAUAGCCAGCAUCGACGAGAAAUCCAGUUCAACCCUUGCUCAAAUCUACCCCGUUGCUUAGCAACUACGGAAAUUUUGGGAGGAACUGCGGUUGCCAUGGUAGUUAAGAUUCAAACGUGAAAAAAGCACUCGUGAAAAUUCCGAAAAUUAGCAAAUUUCCCGGCAGAGGCGGAGUUAAAUGCCAAUUUAACAUUGGAGGCGGAGCUACGAGGUGCCCAUCGGCCAAUCAAGGAGUGGUUUUCUAAAAAUCAUCUUUUUGCAUAGAUCGUUUCAUCCUUCCGGUCGGUGACAUCUAUAAUUGUGUCGUUGACCUCCGACCUGCAUGUUUAACUAGUUUAAACUACAUCACCCAUAAUGCACUGGCAAAGUUGACAUUUAAUGUUAGCUCAGCAGUGCUUAGCCUGAACACCCGGGAGGUUAGUAGUCCACAUCGUUAAUCUGUUAACUACAACAAUAUUAAUUCAGAUUUAUAUUAGCUUUUAAACACGCCAUUAUAGGUUAUUUUAAAAAGUGACCUUUUAGCUUAAGUAUGUAGCCCAUCUACAGGUUUUAUUUCAUUUUUCACAAACCAUCUCCAAAGAUCUCUGGCCAAUCAGAAUGUAAACGUCACGGGACGGAGCGAGUCACUCAGCUUUUCGUUUCUAAAAGAGCGUGAAGGCCGCACGAGGUUAGAGGUCGAAACCUACGCCAGCAAAAUUGGGUGAAGAUGUCGUUUUACCGCUUGUUCGCAUCUUUACACGUGGAACCCGGUUUGGGGAGAACUUCAAGGGUUUCACCUUCAUCGGCCGUCAGAUGCUACGCACUAUGCACUCGCCUUCAUUUCUUCAUAUCUUCGUCCAAAGCACAAGAAACCACCAGCUCCUCAAACAGAAUCCCCAAUUAAAACACGAUUCACAAACACUACCUUCACGCAAAGCGAAAAAAAAACCGUUCCGGUGCAAAUAUCUAAACCUUCUUACUCGAGAAGACUUAAGAGGCGCUUCAUUUUGGUCAUUUCUCAUAACACAGUGCUUGCUCUCUUAAAACGUUGGACUCCAUCUCGAUUUAAGAAGGUUUAGCUAUUUGAAAAUACUAGAAAAACGCGAUAAAAUAACAUAUUAGAUUAGAUUUUUUUUUCCGUGCGGUGCAGCUGUGAACAAAACGUCUGAAGCCACAACAUCCCUUUAUUUUGCAGCUGGAGCUCGCUACGUUACUGCUAACGGCAGCUUGCGCGGAAACACCGUGGUUUUCUUGCGUCUAGAACUUUUGUGCGAUGUUCUUGUGAGUGGUAGGUAACGCAACUAACGAAACGUCGCUGAAAUGUGGUUUUAAAAUUAUAAACUAUCUAUGAAAUGGUGUCGUGCCGCAGUGAGAGUGAAGCCGGUGUGUAGUGCGCGUGCGCGUGCGCGCGCGUGUGUGUGUGUGUGUGUGUGUUGUGGACAGUAGUGCUCACUGGUUAUCCGUGGUGUUAACUGUACGUUCUUCAAGGCACAAGAUCCGGCGACUUUCCACCCGAGCCGACUUUUAUCCAUCGCAGAUGAAUUAUUAAUAUACAACGAUUGUCACGUAAUUAAUCCUAACAUUAUCAUCAGUUUACUUUUUUUAAACGGAAAGAGCGAAUCUCACAGGAAAGAGUCGCAUUGCACCACAAAACUCAGCCAAAUUUCCAAUUUCCAAUGCAAACAUUAGCAUAUUUCAGUCUUUUUACUCGCAUUGUUAUUAUUAUAUGUUUUUUUUGAGCUGAUGCAUGGCCUGGAUGUGAGAUUCGCCCUAAAUCUUUCUAAUCGGAGUCAUUUUUGAAGGUUUUCUGUGCUUAAGAGUAUUAAGAAAAAGUGUUAAAGUCACGACGGGUCAGCUCGAUUUUUAUUUGUUCCUGCUUCUUACAGAAAUGUUCAGCAAUAGUUUUGAAGCGUGAGUAUCUUUACUUUUGUGUACAUGAAAUGCAUCUCUCCUUUUUUUGCCCGUAUUUCUUAAAAAAAGAGUUAGUACCGCACUAUUAAACAAAUAUCCACACGUGAAUAAUCUGUUUUUAUAUAGCUUUUUAAAUUGCGUUUUUUAUUUUAAGAAUAUUUUGCGAUUUAAGUCCUACAAGGCUCACAGAAAGAUGCACGUGUCAUGUGAUAUCAGGAAGGCUUUGAUCGUUAAUGAUUUAGAGGGUCUGCACGCUCAGAAACCUUCUAGAAAAGCCCCCCAGAUGUUGAGCGUAUGAAGAGGAAAAACCCACGCUGAAUAUCGUUUCAAACCAAUUAAAAUGUCUGUACCGUUGUUACACUCGCUGUCCGUGUUUUAAGCUUGCAUGAUGAGCAAACGCGCAAAAAAACUUGAGGCGAACUUCAAAAAAAAAAAACAAUAAAAGGCAACUAUUUCGGAGUCAAUUUUUUACAUGGAUAUGUAUUGAAUGGAGAAAAGGAGGGGCAAACAAAAAAAAGAGUGUCACUGCCAAAGAGUGUCAGCUGUUACAUUUACUUUGUGUUUUUGUAUGUGCGGAAAACGUUUUUCAGUAUUUAUGGAGCAGAAUGGGAACGAAAAGUACCGUAUUUCCAAUCGAUUCAUUUCAAUAUGAAAAGAAAGCGACUUUCGGUGACUCGAGCGCGGGCCGUCUCUCUGUGCGCGUGCCCGUGUGUCUUUGCCUGUCCGCGUGCACCCGUGUUGACUCGUCACGCGAAAGUACGACGCGAAGCGGAUUCGAGCGCUCCGAUUGGUCGACCAAUUAUCCCGGCGGCCAAUCGGGAGCGGCGCUCCUCCGCUUCCAACGUUUUUUUUGUUUUUGUUUUUUUGUCGACGUUAAUCCGUUCGAGAGACAAAAUGCCUGAACUCCACAAGCUCCGGAUCGAAAGCGUGCCGCGCGAAGCGAAUCGUUCGCGUGAUAUUUAGAGAGCGAGAGCCGAGCUCGUGGACCCGAGGAGUAUUUUUGCACACAUGCGUUCGUUAUCUUUUAGCAGUCUUCGGCUCUUCGCCUUUAUGCCUUUAGACAAAAACGCUUGUACAUAUCCAAAGUGCUUGUAAUAUGAACUCGUGUUCCUUUAUCGUGUGUUAUUUUUUUAUUUGACAUGUUUUUGUAGUACUGCUUUUUCAUAAUUGAGUUGUCAAUCGAUAGAUGUGGUAUGGACAGUGGAAGUGUUACUUGUAUUCUUUUUUUAUUUAAUAAACACCUGAUUUGUAAACUUU